AAAACGACCAAACAAACGAAACUCACAUGGAGACAACGCGUGGAGGCGGUUAUUAGUUGUUGUUGGUUUAUUAUUUUUUUUAAACCUCUGAAUAAGAUUUAAGUGAAAAUAAGUAAUUAUAAUCCUAAAAUGCGCCAAGGUGUUGAAAUUAAUAAUAAUAAACAAAUCACUCUAGUGUCUGUGCUGUAUUAGUUUUCAUGAAUAAGCAGUAAAUGAUGAGCUCCUCACUGGUUGUUCCUGUUGUAGAUGUUCAGAGUAAUAACUUUAAAGAAUUAUGGCCUGCUAUGGUGCUCGCCUUUAAAACAGCCUCAUUUAUCGCCCUGGACACGGAGCUCAGCGGUCUUGGAGCGAGGAAAGCUCUUCUAGCAGAGUCGAUUGAGGAUCGUUAUAAAGCGAUAUGCAACGCAGCCCGGACUCGCUCCAUCCUGUCCCUGGGACUCGCCUGUUACAAGAAACUGGAAGGCAAAGCGGAGAGUACGUACCUGGUUCAGGUGUACAACCUGACGCUGCUGUGUGCGGAGGAGUACGUCAUCGAGCCGCAGUCGGUGCAGUUCCUCGUUCAGCACGGCUUCGACUUCAACAAGCAGUACGCUCAGGGCGUUCCCUACGACAAGGGCAACGAUAAGGGUGGAGAACCUCAGGGUGUGAACAUGCGUACGUUGUUCGUGGAGCUCCUGAGGGCCAACAAGCCUCUGGUGCUCCAUAACGGCCUGAUCGACCUGAUCUUCCUGUACCAGUGCUUCUACGCUCACCUGCCCGACAAACUGGGAACCUUCACCGCCGACCUGUCGCAGAUGUUCCCCGCCGCCAUUUACGACACCAAAUACGCCACCGAGUACCAACUCCGCUUCACCGCGUCCUACCUGGAGUACGCAUACAAGAAGUGUAAACUGGACAACAGCAGAUCCGUCGAGGCGGCUCAGGACGGACCUCACGUGUUUCUGGAGUUCUGUAAUUACACCGGCCGAGUGCGGAGCUACGUGGACUACAGGCCUUGCGUGGACAGCCACGGCCGUGACGGACCUCUGAACAUCUGCCUUCAGUUCUCGGCGUACGGAUGGUGCUCCAAUGGCUCUCGCUGCCCCAUGUCACAUGACACAGACCUCAUCAUCCAGCAAGACGAGAAAAGCAAAGAGGGCAAGCGGAAAAAAAGGAAGCGCAUCAGGAAGAAGAAGAAGGCUGCGAAGGAGGAGGAAGACGAGGAGGAAGAAGACGGGCCGCCGCAGGGGAAGAAGGCUCACGUGGAGGAUAUGGAUGAGGACGGUGAAGAGAAAGAGGAACAGAGGGUAGACGAAAAGGUGCGCGGGGAAUUUACGGCACACGCCGAAGAGACGCCGAGCGGCGAAACCUCACCCGGAGAGCCUCGGAACGAAAGCGACGCUCCUCGGACGCCUGCCGCGAGAAACGAAAGUCCGCAAGCCGGCGAGAGGAAGGCGGAAGGAGGAACGCACCGAGCCGGCUUCGACGCCUUCAUGACCGGAUACGUUUUCGCCUUCGCGAGCACCCAGAACGCCGAAGGACCGGACUCCUGGAUUCCCGCGUGCGCCAACAAGCUGUAUCUGAGCGGCAAGAGCGUGCCGCUUCACGUAGCCAAAAGCACCUUCUCGAAGUCCUCCAAAGCUCACGUGACCAAGAUGGAGCACGUCUGGAGAAAACCGUUUCCCAAAGCAGACGGGAACGCGUGACGGACGUUUGUGUGGGGGUUUUUUGAUGUGUGAUGAAUAUGAUUUAAUCGAGUCACCUCUAGCGGUGUAAUAAAGCCUUCUACUUUUAUAUAUAUA